AUGAUUCAACUGGUAAAACCAGUUUCUGAACUGACGUCACUGCAGCUCCAGAGAAACAGCCUCAAGUUACACAGAUUCAUCAGCACAUACACUGAAAUAAACGGACAGACGGCUGCAGGAAUCCCUGAGAUUUCUUCUGUAACGACACUGGAUGAUCAUCAGAUCGAUUAUUAUGACACACGUGGAAGGAAUACACUGAGAUCAGAGAAAACUACAGCAGAUCUACAGAAACAACACUCAUAUACAUCUCACCUACUUCUACCAAUUACCUACUAUGAAUACUACGAUCAUGAGUGCGUUCGCUGGCUGAAGGAGCUCCUGAAGUUAACGAAAGCAGAUUUAGAGAGACGAGCUCCUGAAGUGUCUCUGUUACGGAAGGAUCCCUCUUCUCCAGUAGAGUGUCAUGCUACAGGUUUCUACCCAUCAGGAGUGACUCUUAGCUGGUUCAGAAAUGGAGUAAAUCACUAUAAUGAUGUGGAUCUUGGAGAUCUUCUGCCAAAUGUGGACGAGACCUUCCAGAAGACAUCUAGCCUUCGUGUUUCUCCAGACGAAUGGGAGAACAACAGGUUCAGUUGUGAGGUCGAGCACCAGGGAAAAACCAUCCAGAAGAUUCUGACUGACCAGGAGAUCAAGAGCAACUACACAAAAUUCAAAGGAAAAUUGGGGAAAACAACAAAAGUCGUUUGUAUCACGGGCUGA